AUGGCUAUCAUCGAACUGCUGUUAGUGUUGAUCGUGAUCUUUUUCAUAUGCACAACGCGGGAUCGACGUUCGUCUCUGCCUCCGGGACCGAGUCGUCUUCCCAUCGUCGGGAGUGCUCAUCACCUUCCGCUCAAAUACCAACAGCACGUCUUCAAGGAAUGGAGGAAAAUAUACGGCGCGUUACGCACAUCUGCUAACUGGUGCGAUGUAGUGUAUCUACGGAUAUUCAACAAGCCUGCUAUCAUACUCAAUUCGGCUCGAGCGAUGGAAGAGCUCCUUGACAGGCGUGGCUAUAAAUACUCAGACAGACCCAGGACCAUCUACAUUUCCGAGCUGGUUGGCCUCACCAACAAUGUCACCAUAUUGCCCUACGGAGAUCAGUGGCGCCGUCAGCGCCGUUGGUUCCAAACCGCCUUUCAAACAUCGACCGCACUAGACUCAUACAUCCCGCUACAGCGGCGCGAGUCCGUGAGGCUUCUCGCAGGACUCAUCGAUGCUAACCAGGACGGCAACGACGGAGAUUGGGUAGGGAUAUUUCUCUUCAAGGGGCUCAAACAUUACGUUAGUGCUCUGAUGAUGGACAUUGCCUACGGGCAUAGUGUGUCGUGUCCCGACGAUGAAUUCGUGGCCCUUGCAGAACGUGCUAUACUGGGUAUUAUAGAGGCUGGAGGCGCUGCCGCAAGCCUGAUUGACUUUUUUCCAUUCCUGAAGUUCAUCCCGGCAUGGAUACCCGGCAUGCACUUCAUGGCUAAAGUAGCGGAGGUCAACAGGCUCAACCGUCAAAUGAUUGACGUACCAUACGAGCGUGUGCACGCGGCUAUGGUUCAAGGAACCGCACGCGACUGCUUUAUGACGACGCUUCUCGACGAAUACACUAUCGAUGGACAGGUCUCGGACUACGAUAGGGAGGACAUCAAAGGGGCUGCAAACAUCGUAUAUGGCGCGGGAACCGAUACGACUGCGACCGCCCUAACAACAUUUAUGCUCGCUAUUGUUCUGUACCCCAAUACACGCCAAAGAGCACAGAACGAGCUCGACGCUGUGGUAGGUACAGAGCGACUGCCCGAAUUCGAAGAUCGCGCAUCCUUGCCAUAUCUCGAAGCUCUGCUCAAGGAGGUGUUCCGAUGGAAUCCACCGGUUCCGCUUGCAUUACCUCACCAGCUCACGGAGGAUGACACCUAUGACUCGUACACCAUACCGGCCGGCUCGAUGAUUAUGCCAAACGUUUGGUACGCACUCUUUCGCUUACUGAGCUAUAGUAAAGCAGAACCUCGUAUCGAUCUUUCUCGCUGUAGGGCUAUCACCCGGGAUCCCGAAUACUAUGAAGAACCCGACGUUUUCAAGCCUGAGCGCUUCCUGUCGGCGAAUCCUGAAAGAGAUCCUCGUGACUUCGUCUUCGGGUUCGGUCGUCGGUUGUGUCCGGGCCAAGCUUUUGGUGACUCCUCUAUCUGGCUCGCUGUCUCCCGCAUCCUCGCUACGCUCGACGUGACAAAAGCACGCGAUCCCACGACGGGCGUGGAAAUCGAUUUUGAACCAGAAUUCAUCUCGGGUAUGAUGAGCCACGUAAUCCCAUUCCCGUGUGGAGUGCGGCCAAGGUCAGACAAGUCUGUCGAAUUGAUACGGGCACUGGAAGCGGAGGAAUCAACAUAAAGGCUAUCUUUGUCAGCACUGAAACACCGUGGAGUGGCACUAUGGGUAGACUCAUGUGCUCCCGAACGUGGAUCCCCUGACAACAGAAUAGUUUGUGUUGAGGGUUGGAUUUGGGAGAGAGCUGGUCGCGCAGACGGAUAGCCACUGUGGUUGCGCUGUGUUGUCGCGGCCCGCAGUACAUUAACAUAAUAACGAUGAAUGUUACCAUAUGUGUAUGCUC